AUGUCUCUCAUCAAAGCCACAACUGACGCCAUACGGGGCAGUCCCAGGGAGAUUUUCAAUCCCUAUUUGUUUCUAUGCACCUGGAUAUGGAGCUUCUCAGGGGUGGCAAAAGGAUUCGACGAGGGCAAUAUUGCGUCUUUAGUCACCAUGGCCAUCUUCAAAAGGAGAUUCGGGAUCGACGGCCAAUCUGAGAGCGAGUACUCAAACACCAAAGGCUGGAUAGUGGCUAUCGCGACAGCUGGUGCUGUCUUUGGUUGCUUGGCCUGCGUAAACCUUACCGAGAAGCUGGGCCGCAAGCGAACGAUGCAGAUCUUCACACUGAUUUACAUUGCUGGUAGUCUCGGUCAAACUUUCUCUUCUGGUAGUAUGGCGGGACUCUACAUCUCCAGGAUUGUCUCUGGUAUGGGAAUUGGUGCGACAACGGUGCUCCCUCCAGUGUAUAUCUCCGAGAUUGCGCCUCGAUCAAUCCGCGGUCUUUUGACUCUGCAAUACACAUGUUGUCAACAACUCGGCGUUGUGUUCGGCUUCUUCUUCAACUACGGCAUCACAAAACACUACGCAGGGAACCAAAUCCAAUGGCAACUACCGACUGCCCUUCAGAUUGCACCCGCGAUUAUCUGGGGCCUGGGAACAUUCUUCACGCCCGAGUCUCCCCGUUUUCUGCUGUCUCGUGGAAGACCAACAGAGGCUCUCAAGGUUCUUCGUGACUUCCGUUGCCUUCCAGCCGAUCACCCAUAUGUGGACGACGAGUUUCGCGCGAUGCAAGCCCAGUUAGAACACGAAUUGGAGAUUGUUUCAGGCGCUUCGGUUUUCGAUCUUGCUAAAGAGACGUGGACCGAUAUGCCAAACAGACGCCGAUUUGUAUUGAUGUUUCUAGCGCAUUUAUUUUCCCAAUGGAGCGGAGCCAAUGCCAUUCCAUCCAUCUUUGGAUAUCUAGGCAUACAGGGUGAAGAGGGUCGUCUUCUUGCUACCGGAGUCUAUGCCAUUGUUAAGUUUGUUUCCGUCUUGAUAUUCUCGGUCUUCGUUAUCGACUUCAUUGGCAGAAGGCGCUCUCUUCUCACUGGAAUCUGUCUCCAAAUUACCACGCUUCUGUUCGUUGGUAUUUACCUCAAGGUCACCAAUGGACGUGACCCGGAAGACAUUUCUGCAGACCCAGCAGCGCGACGAGCAAGCGAAGCUGCCAUCGCGGCCAUUUACUUGCAUGCAAUCGCAUGGUCUAUCGGAUGGUUUUCAAUCCCAUAUCUCGUCAGCGCGGAAGUGUUCCCCAUCAGAAUCAGAUCUCUGUGCGUAUCUGUUCUGAUGGCCUUUCACUGGGCGUUCUACUUUGGCUGCUCGCGAGCUAUGCCAUCUCUUCUGGCCGCUACAGAACGCUAUGGUGCGUUCAUAUUCUUCGCAAGCAUCUGUUCUGUCUCACUCGUGUACGUUUAUCUUGCCAUGCCGGAAACCUCUGGGAGAUCUUUAGAGUCCAUGGAGAACCUAUUCAACCGGCCUUGGUAUACUGUCUACAAGGUUGCUUAUCCAAAGGCUGAAGAUCUUGCAGCUCGCCCAGUGGUGAGACAAGACAACGGCAAGGAGGAGAGAGGGAAGGAAGAAGAGAAUGGUGCGGCUAUCCACCUGGCUUAA